UUUUAAAACAGUGAAGUGACUUGUUUGUGGUGAAUUUUUGAGUGAACAGGAUCCUAAGAAAAGUAUGUGAAAUUAGUGCCGAAAAAAUUUAUUAUUCUAAAUAGGUUCUCAAUUCCGCACGCUCGCUGGUUGUAAGAGCAUCAUCAGCACUCAGAUGUUUUUGAGGCGUUGGAAGUAUUAUUGAAUACUUUGCUUUCAUCAGCAGUGCUUGAUCACCAAUUAGUGUCAACUGGAUUCUACAACUACGUCAUUAGUCUCAUCACCAGCAGACAACAACAGCAACAAAAACCCAUUCUACCACCUCGCCAGACCGUGUGGUGUAGUUAUCACUAACAUUUGAGAAUUCAUUUGACAGUACAUUAAUAACACAGAUGUCAUAUAUGUAGGAGAAUUGUAUGCAUAUCUGUAUACCGGGUGCCACUUACCUUAGUACUAGUUUUAUCAUAGAUAGAAUCGUAUAUCCAAUAGUCUCAUAUUCAUAACAGGCUGCAUACCAUCCUAUCCUAGAAUCAAAUAAACACGAAAAUUGCUUUCUCACGACAACAGCAAGUGUCGUUGAAAACAUGUCAACGUAUUUAACAAUUUUUUUACUAUGGUUACCAUCAGCAUUAUUUGCAACUUCUAGUUUAGAAAUACAAAAACGUUCCGCAUCAUUAUGGCCAUACGGUGAAGGUAUACCGCCACCAUUGCCCCCACCUGGUAGUUCUCAAUCAUCAUUAAAUCAUAUGGACCAUCCAGAUGAGAGUGUUGCAGAUCUUAUUGACCAUUUCGGUAUUGAACAUAUCGAUUUAAACGAAUUAAAGAAUUUAUUAAAUAAUCAUCCCAAUGAAAAAGAAGUGCAACAUGUAGUUGCACCUGCAUCUGCAGCACAAACUAAUCAUGUAAAUAUUGGUAGUCCUACAGCGGGUUUAGUAUAUAAUAGUGGUAAUAAUACGGUAACAAAUGUUACUGUACAGCUGGGAACAACAGCAUAUUUACAUUGUCAUGUACGACAUUCAGAUCAUGCGAUCACAGGAUCAGAGCAGCAAAUUUCAUGGAUACGUCGUCGUGAUUGGCAUAUUUUAUCAUCGGGUAUGUUCGUUUAUACGAAUGAUGAACGAUUUCAAGUGUUGCAUGCUGAAGGAUCCGAUGACUGGACGCUUCAAAUUAAGUAUGUUCAAAAACGGGAUAAUGGAACUUAUGAAUGUCAGUUAGCAACAGGAACUGGUAUUGUAUCGUUAUUUGUAAAUUUACAAAUAGUUGUACCGGAAGCAUUCAUAUUGGGUUCAAGUGAACGACAUGUUGAUGCUGGCAGUGUAAUACGUUUAGUUUGCGUUGUUGAAAAGAGUCCAACACCACCGCAAUACGUGUUUUGGUAUCAUAAUGAACGUAUGAUCAAUUAUGAUAUGUCCCGUGGUGGUAUCCAUGUUGAAACUGAACCCGGACCACAAACACAAUCAAGAUUAACAAUACGAGAUGCUAGAGAUUCGGAUUCUGGUAAUUAUACGUGUACAGCAUCUAACACAGAAUCAGCAUCUAUACAUGUUUAUGUAUCACAAGGUGAUAAAAUGGCAGCAACAUUAAGAAGAAUACCACAGAAUGGUGUGAAUCCAAAUCCAACACACAGAAUUUAUCUAAUACAUAAAGUUUUUGAAAUAUUUUUACCUCAACAAGGGAAAAAUCCGGUUUUGGGUUACAUUCGACAUUCCGAAACACCACUUCGUAAUUCAUUAAUGGGGCAAAACUAUUCACCGGUGAAACAUUAUUUCGAAUUAAGUUGA